GCAUAAUAUAUAUUAUGUUAUGCCAGAGAAAAUAGCUUGUUUUAGAAUGACAAACUCAUGAUGUUCAUUUGUUUUACUUGAUGGGCAAAUCUCGUGUAGGUCAGGCCCAUUCAACUCUUUUAUUUUAUGAUUAGCGGUUAGCCCAUUAGAAUCCAUGCAUUAGUUUAUUGUUAAUUUUUUUUUCUUUUUAGCAAUAAAAAGGAGUAUUGUUUUUGCCUUUUCAUAUAUAUUUUACCACCACGGAGAAAUAAAAGGACUUAAAGAAAAAAAUUGACACUCCUAGACCCGUUUAAAUCUGCAUGUGUACGGUAAGUUGGCCCGUUCCACAGAGAAAAAAGAAAAAUAAUUGACACUCCCUAUUAUACCCUUCCUACAAACGCUCAUCGAGCAGGGAAUUUGAAAUGGGGGGAGUGAUUUUCCUUUCUGCGAUUAUAUGUUUUUAAUUUAAAAAGAUACAACAAAUAUACUUAGGGGUCGUUUGGAUGGAUCAAUUGUAAAACGAGACAAUUUGACCAAUUGUUUCAUUUUACAAAACGAGUCAUUUAAAACGAGUCAAUUCAGAUUACCUGCCCCCACCCCAGACAAUUGUAAUUGGCUUAAAAUGAGUCAAUUCAGAAUUCCCCAGCCCAAAUUGCUUCAUCCAAAUUUUCUGCUGCCAAACGGAUCAAUGUAGCACAAUUGACUCAAAACGAGACAAUUGUGUCAGAUUGAUCCAUUAGAAUUCAUCAUCCAAACGACCCCUUAGUGUGAUUUGUUAUGAUCUUUGUUUUUCUUUAAAGUGGUCAUGGUUCGAAUCCUAGUAAGUGUCUUUUUAAUGAAUAAAAAAAAGUAAUUUUGAAGACCAAAAUGUCCUUCCUACUUUCACUCUGGAUGCAGAAAAUUUGAAAUGGGGCUUCAAGUUUUCUCAUUUGAUUUAAUUAUUGUGUAGAAAUAUAAUAAGUUGACGAGAAAAAACAUUUUAUAUAUACUUGGGUUUGACAAUAACACAGAGUCCAAUUUCAAUUUACCGAGUAAUGGAAAAUUAAAUAGAAAAUGACCCUAUGAUUCCACAAUACCAUAUAAUAUGGUUUCUAUGUCGGUCCGUACAACCAGUUCAACUAGCAAUGGACAAAAACAUGUAAGAAGGCCACCAUUAUGAAGCGGUAGUUAAAACUAGUAAAAAGCGACCAAAGUCGGUCAAAAUUAGAAAUAUUUGGGAUCAAAUUUGAAUAAUUAAUUUUUUAUCAAUAAACAAAUAGUUUUGUUUUGGUGGAAUUAAUAAACAAAAAUUCUGAAUUCAAAUAUGAAUAUUUAGAUAUGAUGUUAUGAGUUGGAUUUAAAUAUAAACUAUUGAAGUUGACAUCAGAUGUUACCUUUGAAUACCAUAAUAAUGUAUUGGUAGUUAUAUAUUCAUAAUAUUAGGAGAUUGUUUUAAGAUAAAUCAUAUAUAUGCACAAUUUGUCUUUUUGCUAGCUUUCAAGUAGAUUUAUUGAAAACUGUGUUUUUACUCUUUACCCGAUACAAUUCCAAUUUAUUUCUUUUUUCAUUUUGUUGAUAAAUAUAAUUCCUUUAUUUUUUAGGAUAUGUGAAAAUUGACAACCUUGAGCCAUAAUUAGAUAAAUAACACCAAAAUUAGGCAUAAUUUAUCACCAAAUAUCAAGUUCUUUGAUCACUCUAAGGGUCAAAUGCCUGUUUUAGUUUUCUAAUUUUCUUGAUCAAACAAAAGAAAAAUAGGAACCCAACAUCAUUAAAGAAAAAUAACAAACAACAGAAGGAAAGAAAACAAAGAAACAAACCGCCCAUCGGGCGGGCACGACACUAGUAAAACAUAAAGGAGGUUUGGGAAGUUUGAGACGCGAGGAAGAGGGAAUAAAGAAGAGAUGCACUCGGCCGAGUAGAGAGAGGUUGAAUGAUUUUCUUAAUUUGAUUGUUUAUUUCUUAAUAAUCCCAAAUAAAAAUCAUACGUAGACUUAUAGUCUCCUUUUCCUAACAACUACCAUAAUAAUCCCAUAUCUCUCAAUUAUUCUCAAUAAUUCUAAAUCUCCUAAAAUCCCAAUGGAUAUCCUAAAAUAACAAUAAUUAUAAUGAUGAUGUAAUUAAAACAAUAAAAUGGUGACACCGCAAUCUGUGCCUCCAUCAAGUUGGCAGGCCAAACUAAAAAUCACAUGCAAACGUUAGCAAGGACUACACCUUCCAUUCAGUGAUGGAGCCACAGCCAGGCAAGGGAGGUCGGCUGCACUCCCUUGGACAGGUUGUAGGGAUGACAAUGUGAACCCGCCCCAUCGGGUAUUACCCGAACUGACCUGUGAUGGGAUGGGAUGGGUAUUACCCGCCCUGCCCCGUCCCGCCCCAUUCAUGACCCAUUCAAUCACAAUUUCUUAUAGUAUCUACUCAAUUUUCUCUAGUUUUGGCUUUUUCAACUAAUUAGACUUGAUUUUCAAUUAUUUAGACUCAAUUACUCAUUCUAUUAUCACCAUUUUCAUUCAUUUUAUCAUAAAACAUAAAAUUUUGCGAAUAUUAUUUUCAAAUAUUGUGUAAAAGUGGGUCGAUCCGCCCCGUCCCGUCCCACCCCUCGCGGGUAUUAUCCGCCCCGACCCAUAAUAGCAUUGGGCGAGGCAUGGGGUAUUGAAGUACCCGCCAUGCCCCAUUGUGUAAAAGUAAUUUUCCAUUCAUUUAGCCUUUCUAUUAUCACCAUUUUCAAAGUGUUUUUCCAUUCAUUUUAUCAUAAAACAUAAAAUUUUACGUAUAUUAUUUUCAAAUAUGGUGUAAAAGUGGGUCAAUCCGCCUCAUCCCAUAAUAGCAUUGGUCGAGGCAUGGGGUACUGAAGUACCCGCCCCGCCCCAUUGCCAUCACUAGCUGGCUGGCUCAGUUAAUAAUCACAUGUAAACGUUAGCAAGGAGAGAGUUUUGAACAAUGACCUACCUUGCAAGAGUAGAAACUGAACUCCAACAAUCACGCCACUAACUAGUUGUUAACGUGUAAUUUAAUCUAUACUUUGUUACACGUCCAACUUACAUAAAUUAAAACGACCUCACCUACUUCCCCAUCUCAAUCCCUAAUUGAUGUUGUUGCCGAGUGCCGACGUUCCUGAUAAUCGGCUUUAACAUAUUGAAUUCUUAGACUUUAUGUGAUUAUUCGUGGUAUGUUUUAGUCAAUUGGUGCUAUUUUAGGGCUCGCUAACCCGAGAAUGGUUGAAAAACCAUUACUGUCUAGUGCCAUGAGUUUGAUGUAUUACAGGUGAAGAGAACACGAAAAAGAAGUUGCACCGACAAACAAUUCUCGAAGCUGGGCUCAAGGCCCAGCUGGAUGGGGAUUAAUGAAAUGGGCCAAAGCCCAUUCGACUGAGGCUCCUUAUGCUGGGCCGGAUUUGCUGGGCCAAAGGUCUUUUGGUCUCAAGGAGUGGGGCGGCUGGGAUUGGAUUGAAAAACAAAAAGGAAAAGGCAAAGCUUCUGGUGGACGGAACAGGGGAAAUAAUUAGAAGCAGGGAACAAGGAAGGCAAUUACGGGAGGAAGAAAAGAAUUCUCUAGGCGGAAUUUUAUUCUUGGAGCGAGGGCAAGAAUUCUGGGGAAAAAGAGAAAAGCGGAGCAGCGCAGGUAACGAAGAGAGAGAGGCGCAGCGGAGAAGGCAUCAGGCGGCGAUUGGCGAUUCACAAAUCGGCGAUCAACUUCUCUCGAACGGCUUGAGCUGAGUUCAACGAGAACGAUUAGUUGGUUGGAUUUUCUAAACCAAAUUAGUUGUUAUUUGUUGAUUUAGAACAUGAUGAACAAAACCCUAUCGAUUUAUCUUAAUUUCGUCAUGAACUAAACCCCAAUUUCUGGGGGAAACACCACAGGAUGUAGCUAUUUCUUGAUUUGAUGGAUUGAUUCAUGAUUCUUUUCUUCCAAUCUCUAUUGCAUGGAAUUGCUUAAUGCUUUGUGUUGACUGGCCACCAAUACAAUGAUUUGUAGUUAAUUAGGUUAUUAGCGACAGUGAAACCCUAUUAACUGAACAUAUUUCUUGUGACAUAGUAACUUAUCGAAGCGACAGUGGAUUAAAUAAGGUGCUAUGCGGUCU